UGCAGCGAAAACAGCUAAAAAAAAUAAUUUCAAUUUCAAUUUGAGUUUAAGUUUUAUUAUUUAAACAAACAUGGAUUUCUGUACUGAAGCAUCAAAUCCUUUUAAUUCGUUUUACUAUGAAUCCGAUAACACAGGUAAUUUAGUUUGGCUGCCAGCAGCGGCGCCAACAUUCGUUGUUGGAACUGUAAUUAAGGGUCGCUAUCAUGUGCUUAAGACUGUGCCUCAUGGCUGGCUCUGCUGGGAUUUACAAACUCUUUCUGAAGUUAUUAUAAAUAUGGAGCCAAUGCUUGAGCAGGAAUUGAACUCAAUGAGAAUCAACAGCAUUGAGCAGCAGCCGCCGCAGCAACUAGAUACUAAGCCACUUAUAAAAGAUCUAAAUGAGCUGGUCAGAAUAUAUCCAGAUCCUGUACAGCCCGGUGAUUGGCUCAAUGCGCAUCGUUUCAAGGUGCUGCAAAAGAUUGGCAACGAACACAGCUCAUCUGUAUUUCUUGCCUGGGACAGCAAAAAACAAUGCAAUGUGGCAAUUAAAAUAAACAGAGACUCGGUGCCCUUCAAAAUGAAUGCCAUUAGAGAGAUUGACGUAUUUCGCACCAUACAAAUCACAGAUCCGAGCAGUCCAAUACAGGAGCGUUUCGUAAAGCUGUACAGUACAUUUAGGUGCGACAAUGGUCAUGUUUGCAUGGUGCUCGAGCCCAUGGACUGCGAUCUGUUGGCUACAUUGCAAGAUCUUGGCACCGGACUGCAGCUGCGUGAGGUGAAGCAUAUAGUGCGACAGCUAUUGACGGCGCUGGACUUUCUGCAUACGCGCUGCCAUUAUAUCCACACGGAUAUUAAGCCAGAAAAUAUUUUGGUCAGGCAUAAUUCAAAAAGUAAGUGGCCCAAGCAGGUGCGCAAGGGCUUGAAGCAAAAUUGCAGUUUGCAGCAGCUGUUUGCUUUGGAAUACGACUAUGAUGUAAAGCUGGCGGACUUUGGCAAUUCUCUUAGCAUGCAUAGAGAGCCUGAGUCGUAUUUUCAUCGCAUACAAACGCCGCCAUAUCGUGCGCCUGAGGCUGUUAUGGGCGGAUACUACGAUACCUCGGCGGACAUUUGGAGCAUGGCCUGCCUGAUCUUUGAGCUGGCCGCAGGCGGAUAUCUUAUUUGCCCGAAGUUCGAUCAAACCUUUCUGACGGAUCAAGACCUCUUGGCACAAAUGUUCGGUCGACUGGGCCCUAUGCCUGAUGAACUGCGCCGCGGUGUUUAUGUAGAUGCUCUGUUCGAUGCAGCAGGUGAUCUAAAAAAUGUAUUCCAACCAUACUGCACCAUUAAGCAAACUUUGUGCGAUACAUAUUGCUGGUCAGAAAGAUCUGCGGAUGCUUUUGUAGCCUUUCUCACGCCUAUGAUGGACUAUGAUAUAAGGAAGCGUGCAACUGCCGCACAGUGCUUGCAACAUGAAUGGCUGCAGGAAGAGAAGUAGUUACAGAAAAAAAAAACAACAGGAAGUUUUGCUAAUGGCGGCUCUCAUGUAAUUGUAAAUGCAAUUUAUGUUUAUGAAUAAUCAAACAAUCACUUCUGCAUUAGCAUGUUCACUGACAUUGUAAACAAUAAAACAAUAAAUAUUUAA